AAUACUUCAUACCUUCUGCUUUCCUUCACUUUUAUGCUUCUCAAAGAAAAAUGCUCUUGUAAAAAAAACUUGGUACUGAAAGAUUGAAUCUUUUUAGCUCUACCUCUACUAUUUUAGGUUAUUUUUGUAAUUUCUUGUACUAAAAAUGGCUUCUUCUGACAAUUUAAUGACUAUGGAUCAACCAUGGGCUUUUCGUUCUGCUUUUUCUGAUUCUUGGUUUUCCGACAUAUUCACUAAAGACACCGAAACAUUAACCAAAGUCCUUCAAAAAUCUGGUUUUUCCCAAGAACAGGAAAUGAAGACAAACCCGGUUCAGACAUCAAACGGGUCGGGUCGAACCGUUUCAGGAGGGUCGGAAAAUGAGACAACCGGGUCGAACCGGAAGAAUAAAGUUGGUGUGAGUGGAAAGAUAACCAAACGGAAGUCACGUGCUUCUAGGCGUAAUACGACGACGUAUAUAACUGCUGACGUGGAUAAUUUCAGGCAUAUGGUGCAACAGGUUACCGGUGUUAGGGACGGGCAGCUGACGGUUCCUCAUGUCUUAAAACCUGAAGCACAGCGUGUUGUUAACAGGCUACAGCAUGGUAGUUGUUUGCCAACACUUGACACGUCAGCUUUCUUAUUGGACCACGUGUCUCAGCAAUCAGUGGAACCUACACCACCGUUGGAUCAUGUGGUGGUUGACGGUGGAUCAUGUGGUUUUGAUUUUAGCUCUUUUUCUGGCUUUCCUACCCUUGAGUCAUUCAUGGAAAGUAAUGUAGUUUAAUGUAUUAGGUAGGGUCUUUUCUGUAAUUUUAACUAGUGGGUGUAGAUUUUUCGAGAAGUAGGGGAAGGGUAAAAUGGGAAAAUCAAAUAUGUUCAUAAGUUUAGCUAAUCUUAUUAUUUUUUUCUUUUUUAGUUAUGGAGAGGAAUUAUGUGGCAAAAUGUGAAGGGAUAUGAGCUGUUUCGAAUGAUGUUUUUAUGCAUGAUGUCACUUUCUUUCA